AUGUCUUCUGGAGGUCUUCUUCUCCUGAUGGGACUCCUCACCCUCUGGGCAGAGCUGACCCCCGUCUCUAGCCAGGACCGUCCAAAGAUUUGUUAUCUUCCUGCUGAGCGUGGACCGUGUAGAGGUGCAAUCACUCGCUUCUACUACAACCCGGAUUCAAACAAAUGCCAAGAGUUUACUUACGGUGGAUGCCACGGCAAUGACAACAAUUUUGAGACCAAAGAUGAAUGUCACUACACCUGUGUCGAAAAACCUGGGGUCUGCCGCAAGGCCCCUCCAGGCACGAUCACUAUUUGUCCUGUGUUGUGUGGAAGUGACUGGAAAUGCCCCGGGAAGCAGAAGUGUUGCACUUAUGCUUGCAAGACCGACUGCAUGGACCCUGUCUAA